CGGGGGCGGGGCGCCCCGCCGGGACUAGCGCUCGGCUGGACGGCGCGGCCGCUCCGACGGCACCGGCAGCGCGGGGAGCGCGGCGGGCGAAUUGGAUUCUACCAUAUCACAGAGAUCGUGGGUGGUGCAGCACGUAUCUUUGGAGAUGAACUUCUCACAAAUGGCCUAGAUCCAUGUGUUUGCUCGCUGAUGUCCAGCUGGUUAUAUCAGGAGCUUACUCCGCGAAGUGCCUGAGACUCACAGCAGUGACUGAAGUCAGAAGGAGCUGACUUCUGAAUUUACAAGGCAGGAUGAAAGACCGGCUAAACGAGCUGCGUGAACUUGCCAGGUUACACAACCCCGAGUUUUCUGAUAGUGAGGAUGAUGAAAAUUCACCCCGCGACAUUCUCCUUUAUGAGACCGAUUAUGCCUUGGAAACUCUUCAUAAAGAUAUACAGACCAUCCGGACAGAAAAUGACCUCCUAAAAGAGGAUGUCAAGCGGCUCAAAAAGCAAAACAGCCGCUUCCUUACUUCCAUGCGCCGUCUCAGUAGCAUCAAAAGAGAUACUAAUGGUAUUGCCAGAGACAUCAAGGCCCGUGGAGAAAGCAUCCACAGGAAACUCCAAAUAAUGAGAGAUUUCAGCGAAGAUGCAAUAACAAAAUACGGGGUUAUGUCUGUCAUUGCCAGGGUAGCAAAGAACCACUAUGUGGACCUCAUGCACGCCUUUCAGGAAGCUAUGUUUGAAUACAACGCAACGGAGAUGAACCAACGGGAGAACUGCAAGAUACGAAUUCAGCGGCAGCUAGAGAUCAUGGGCAAAGACGUUUCUGGCAACCAGAUUGAGGAGAUGAUUGAGCAAGGCAAGUGGGAUGUCUUCUCUGAGAACCUCUUGUCUGAUGUUAAGGGGGCUCGCUCGGCCUUGAAUGAGAUAGAGACACGUCAUAAGGAGCUGGUGAAGUUAGAAAGUCGCAUUAAGGAGGUUCACGAGCUCUUUCUGCAGGUGGCCCUGCUGGUAGAAGAACAGGCAGACACCUUUGAUGUCAUUGAAAUAAAUAUGCAAAAUGUUGAGGACUAUGUAGGAGAUGCCAAAGAACAAGUAAAAAAAGCUUUAGAAUACAGAAGAAAACACCCUCUACGAACAAUCCUCUGCUGCUGCAUAUCGUGUUGCCGAAGGUGACUAUCCUACUGAAGCUAUCACGGACCAACUUGAAUGUCUUCAAAAUCUGAUAUUCUUUCCAAUGAUUUUUCUUUAAUGACAACCCAUAGAAGCAUGGGGGCUUUUGUGCAGUUGUUUGUUUUGUUUUGUAACAUGUUCCUAAAUGUGCUUAAAGGUAGUUCUAUUUAUGGGCUACUAGAAGUGUUGAUAAAGCUAUUUUUAAUUAUUUUUAAUUUAAAUGCAUUCACUUGCUGUAACUAGAGGUGUAGGUAUUUAGAAGAUCUCAGUGCAAUGAUACUUGUUUCAGGCAAGAAAGAGGAAUGAAGGAUGGGCUAAUAACUUAGCCUGGGGAAGAUGAGAAAUUUGAAGAAGCAACCUUAUUAUUCAAAGUGGUCUGCAGGCAGUGCAUACUUAAUGCCUGUGGUGACAGAAUACACCACAGAAUCAGGAGGUUUGAAUUUUAACUAGUUUGGAGCCUGCUUGAUGCAAAUACUUGAACAGAUUUGUGCUCUGCUCAUGUGACAAAAUACUGAGCGUGUUAGCAGGAGCAGGACACAAAACUCGUUUCUGUCCCUGGAAGUGUUCAAGGCCAGGCUGGAUGGGGCUUUGAGCAACCUGGCCUAGUGGGAGAUGUCCCUGCCCAUGGCAGGUGGGUUGGAAUUAGAUGAACUUUAAGGUCCCUCCCAACCCAAACCAUUCUGUGAUUUCCCUCUGUUACUGGGCUUAACAGAAGAAGGCUGUACCUUAAAACGUAAUAGGUGUAUUUUGCUCAGUUUGUGUGCAAGUGAUUGCUUUUGUCCAUUUUGAGUACCCACACUGCAACAUUGAGGCAUCUCACUGACUCUUACGAAUCGAGCUACUGAUCACCUAAAUGUCAACCCUGCUGUGCUAUUAGUAUUUAAAUACAUUUUUCUGCCAAUUAACAGGUCAGUCAGUAGAAGAGAUGCAUGCAGUGGCCCUCUUUAAAUGCACCCACAAGGAAACAACAGCUGGGGGUUAGAGAAAGCACCUUAGAGUCUCCUGUGCUGGCACAUACAAGCAAGCAGUUUUAGUGGAAGGAUUACCCUGUCAAUAGACUUCUAAUAAGCAUUGAUUUUAAUAUGGACAUUUUGUAUAUAUUUUAUAUAACAUGAAGUAUUAAACUUAUUAAUGUCCACUUUGACUGUCAGACAAAAACUAAGGCUCUUCUGCCAUUAUUAGAAAUCUCCACCUGGGAAAGAAAACAGAAUUUGGGUGUAUUCUUCUUUAUACCCAAAGAAUAAAGGAAACAACAUUUUAAUGUCAUUUCAGUACCCUUUUCAAGCUUUAAAAUAAUCUCUCCUUUUGUGUAAGGAGAGCCUGCCUGCAGUUGGUUUGGCAUACGAGGAGGGAAUAGAAAAUUUGCCGCCCUGGAAACCACCGAGCGCUGUCAGUGAAGUAUGUAUUCAUACGGUCUGGGGAGCGAUUACAGCUCCUACUUCUGGAAGUUUUCCAACUCUGAUAUUUCUAAGUGGCUUCCUGAUACACUGUGAUUUAUUGCUAUCCUUUGAAUUAAUGCAGGACAUUUUUUCAGAAGUUAGUGACUUUUUUUUUUUUAAACUCUGAUCGUAUUUAUACCUAUUUUAACAAACAUAUUUAAACAUUUCAAGUAUUUUGUAUUUGGGAUUUUUACCUGGGAGGUGUGCAUAGCCAUCUUCCUGCACCAAUCACAACAAAACUUUUUCUUUCUGAUCUUUUGCACACUAAUUUUAUAUGUGAAAAAAAAAAAACAACACCCGAACAUUUCGUACUAUUUAUAUUGAUAUA